CAACACCACUUCGUGGUUAACAGUAGUGGUUAGUAGUAGCGGCACGAUCGCGAAGGUUGCCGACGACGUCGUCGUCGUCGUCGUCGUACGUGGUUUCUACACGCCGCGGUGUGGUGAACACGCAUCGGUUGCGACGACCGUAUCACCGGAAGUCGGUGGCCGGCGAACUCCCGCUGCUCUUCCGGUCGAGCCACGUGGUCCUUCGUCCGAGGACAAAACUCGCGCGGUACCGAGCUCGUUGGAUCGGCGAGCGCGGCACGACCUCGUCGUCGUCGAAGAGGCACCCUCGAAGCACGAGGGCAUCGACCGAGAGGAGGGAAGGCGAGAGGCCUUCUGCGCUCCUCGAGGAUGCCGCCGCUUCCUCGUCGUCGGCGACGACGUGGAUGUACGCGCUUCUCGACGAGGGUGGAUUACUGCCAGAUAGCGGUGGUGUCGUGGAGAACGACGUUGUGGUCGGCGAUGGCACCUGCGUGAGUGCCGUCCAUCAACAUCAGCCGGUUAGCCAGCGUUACCAGCGUCAAGAACAGUCUCGGCAGCAACAGCAGCAACAGCAACAGUAUCAGCAACGUCGGGGGGAGGAGCUGGAAGAUCUGCUGUGCUUUCGUGGACCACCGGAACAGGAGAUGGUGGCCCAAGAAAUGGCACAGAGUUACACGCAGCUCCUCCAUCCGGGACAGGAACCUCAGGAGUUCAUCUCGUUGGAGGAGCUUCAGCCUCGGAUCCAUCAAGAGCAUCACGUCCACGACGAGCAUCGCGGGGGCCAGGUGUCUGGCGCCCAGCUCUAUCACCAGCAACAACGGAGUUACUAUAAUCUGUCGGCUGUUCAAGAAAGUUCGUGUCCCACGGUUUACUUCGGCGAUAUAGGUACGGGAUCGGGGGUGGGAAAAGUAACCGGCGCCUCGGCGGGGGGUGGCGAAGGUCUCAGCCUGACUCCAACCCCCGCCAGCAACAGCAACAACGGAACCACCGCCGCCCCGAGCACCACUGGCGCGACCACCCUUACCAUCGCCACCCCGACCACCACCAACGAAACCACCCCGCAGGUCGUAACGGGGGCUGAACCGCCCCCGCACAUGGAGACACCCUCCACGAUGGUCCCCGAGCAGGCGCCCGCCCCCGGCCAUCACUACCGUCAACACCAUCAUCACCACCAUCAUCACCACCAGCGUAGCACCUCGACCACACCGAGCCACGGCCAAGCCACCGACACCUCCGAGGAAUUCGUCACCGUGUCGAAAAAGCGCAAGCUUUCUUGCCACGACGGCAGUGAUCUGUUGGACGACACGGGGGACGAUGCCAAGUCUGUUCGCACAAACGACGACAGCAAAAAACAGAACCACAGCGAGAUCGAGAAGAGGCGGAGGGACAAGAUGAACACGUACAUCACGGAGCUGUCGGCGAUGGUGCCGAUGUGCCACGCGAUGUCCCGCAAGCUCGACAAGCUUACCGUACUCCGUAUGGCCGUACAACACUUGAAAACGAUCCUCGGAGCCGUCACCUCGUAUACGGAGGGCCACUACAAGCCGGCGUUCCUCAGCGAUCAGGAAUUAAAGACGCUGAUACUUCAAGCUGCGGAGGGCUUUGUCUUCGCGGUGGGGUGCGAUCGUGGAAGAAUUCUCUACGUAUCCGAGUCUGUCCUGCAGACACUCAAUUAUUCUCAGGGUGACCUGUUGGGUCAAAGUUGGUUCGAUAUCCUCCAUCCGAAAGACGUAGCUAAAGUCAAGGAGCAGCUGUCCUCUUCAGAUCUCAGUCCACGUGAACGAUUAAUAGACGCCAAAACGAUGUUACCGGUGAAAACUGACGUGCCCCAGGGAGUGUCGAGGCUGUGUCCCGGUGCGCGGAGAUCGUUUUUCUGCAGGAUGAAACGGAAAGUCGACGGGGUUCGUUGCGGCGAGCUGCAAGUGAAAGAAGAGGCCGACACCACCAGCGGGUGCCACCGACGGAAAAAGCAACAGAACGUCGACUGGAAGUACUGUGUGAUUCAGUGUACGGGGUAUCUAAAGUCGUGGGCGCCUGCUAAAAUCGACCUCGAGGAACAGGAGGGUGACGGGGACGGGGAGGCUUGCAAUUUGUCGUGUUUGGUAGCAGUCGGUCGACUUCAGUCAACGAUGCCGACGUCCUUGCCUAAAAAACCGCGCCUGAGACCCAUAAAGUUCGUCUCGCGGCACGCGAUGGACGGAAAAUUUCUUUUCAUCGACCAAAGGGCCACGUUAGUAUUAGGUUUUCUACCGCAAGAGUUACUAGGUACGAGUAUGUACGAAUAUUAUCACCACGAUGAUAUUCCUCAUCUGGCGGAAUCUCAUAAGGCUGCUCUUCAGGCAUCCGAGAGUGUCACCACGCAGAUAUACAGGUUUAGAACCAAAGGCGCGAACUUCGUGAAGCUCCAGUCCGAAUGGAAGUCCUUCAGAAACCCGUGGACCAAAGAUAUCGAAUACCUGAUAGCUAAGAACUCCGUUACUUCCUGUGACUCGCGGUCGGUCACGAACAGCGGGAACAGAUCUGAGGAUUCCAGUGUUCAGAGCAACUACGACUACUUUGCGCAAAGUAAUGGUGGAUUAGAAAGAUUGAUCUCAAGUCACGUAGAGGUAAGUAAAAUCGGACGACAGAUCGCGGAAGAGGUUCUGGAUCUUCAAAGGCGCGGUGAAGAUUCCUCUUCCGGUAGCAGUCCCGGGUUAGGAGCAGAAUCUUCCUUGCUAAAUACCGAGUCACAGAUUACGACCACCGCGUCCCCCGAAGGAGUGCAGGACGUGGUGCAGCCAGCCAGGGGCAGCAACAAUAGCAGCAGUAAUCCCACGCCAACGUACAACCACUUAACAAACAACUUGCAGCUGAACAGCAUCGCGAACGACCAAGGAGCGUCACCGGACGAGGACGUGAUGGACAUGAUCGGUGGUACGACGAUUAACGAGUCGCCGAACCCCGUGCCGUCGGAUGGCAAUGACGAGGCAGCGAUGGCGGUGAUAAUGAGCCUCCUAGAGGCAGACGCCGGCCUGGGCGGCCCCGUGGACUUUUCCGGCUUACCCUGGCCGCUUCCAUAGUACAUUUUAAUUCUGUCAACCGGCAAGUCGAACUGAACUUUCGGAGUGCCAAACGUUUUCGAGAGCCGAACGUGUGCGUGUACAUAAUUAUACUUUCUAUAUAAGUGAUGAUCAAGUUUUCAAACUCGUUUCGUUGUUUCGCGUUGAGUACUCGAUCAGUUCUCAUCAGCUGUGUACGUUUUAACCGGCGCUACUUUUAGUGUUACCAUUUCCUCGGUUCUGUUUCGAACGAAACGAAGACAAGACAGAUAUCAUUGGUGCUGAAACGGUGCUGUCCAGAGGACAUGUUAAUCAUCGGACGUUAUUUAAGUUUUAUAGUUGUAUAUCAUUUCUGUGAUCAACGCUGGAACAUCAAACGUACAGAGCAGUUAAUUUACUAUUAAGUUCGUAGUUUUCUAUUCGCUUUUCGAUGGAAACGAGGGAGGGAGUCCGAUCGAAACGUUUCAGGAUGAUGUUCCGCGACGAAGUAAGAAUCAGACGUAUUUCUUUUUUUAUAUCAUCCUAGAUCAAUGAUCCGCGAUGUUUUGUACGAGAUAAUGGCUUCAAUUCUAUUUCGUCUAUUACUCAGCUAGAUUUCUUCAUUGAUUAAUUGAUCGUUUAGAAGUCAAUUUUGAAUUCUCGCUCAAUAUUCGCAUGAUAACAUCAAGCGUCAGUUUUUAUUUCAUAUCGCGAUCUAUGGAUCAACUUCCAGUUAUUUUCAUCCUUGACGAAAGUUUUCAAAAGACGUGGGUAUUUAUAUGUAUAUAUUCAUUGCACACCGACCGUUCAUAAUACAAGGAGCUACACGCUACACUACUGGAGAUAUUUAUUGGGAAUAAAGGAAUUUAAUUAUCUACGUUCAACUCUCAAGUUUGAAUUUCGAUCUGGCCAUAGAAUUACUUAAAAGCGACGCGCACAAUAAACAUGUCCAGUAGCGUGAACGAACACUGUAAAUAAAUGUAUUUGAAACGUUUUACACGGAGUAAAUCAGUAUAAAUGUUUUGUCGUGGCACUCGAUGCGAGACCAAUCCGGAGAAUCGCUCAAGUGUUUUAUUAAAUGUCGAGGAACGAAUGGUACCGCAAGUGUCAGGGUCCAAGUUCCUGCGCGUUGUCUUUUCUUUUUAGCGAUAAAUCAACGUUGCGUGUAAAUAAUGUGUAUUCUCAUAGAAAAACGCGUGAUACUAAAGCAAAGCGUACCUAAUUAAAUUGUAAGGAACCACAGAAUCGGUCUCCGUAUGCCAUACCUAUUAUUUAAGGGAUUUCGCUUGACGAACAUUCGCUCGUGAGCCACUCGACAUCUUCGAACAGGGGCUGAUUUUUCUAGUGAUUAACGAACGGUACGUUCGUCAACUGGCAUCCCUUUUUCGCAACAAUUACACGAUUCCAUAAUCGAAUCAUAUACAGCGAUUAGGACCGUCAAUCAAUGCCAUCAGCGUAUGCUGUGAUGAAUUAAUUCGAGUAUAAGAUGUCAGAAACACUGGGUGUCCUGUGACAAUACUAAAAGUUCUUUCGUUCGCAUUUUGAGGAACGUUUAAUUACUUGUAAAUAUAGCGAGACCAGAGGUUUGAUUUAACAAGCCAAGGUAAUGUCCUGAACUUUGUUCUAUUUUUACGGAAUUAUUUCACGUUUUCUUUUAACGCGUAUUACGUUUGAAUUCUGUGCCGAAACGUGGAAUUGACGAUGCAGCUUGACGAAACGAUCGAAUAGGUGCAAAAACGAUAAGAUGCGCAUGUUACAAAAGAAUAAUGUACAUAAAGCGUGUAUAUGUAAAUAAAUAUAUAUUAUCAUACAAUACAGUAUAAAUGGUACUUGAAAAAUAAAUGUUACCGAAUAGGGAAAUGAUGUUUGGUCACACCGUUAAGCAUAGAUUCUUAAGAUGUAAUUGUUUUUGUAUAAAAUUUUUCAUUGUAAAUUUUCCAGAAUAAACAGAUUAUUGCUUUUACAAAAAUAA